AUGUGUGAUGAAAGGUUAGCUUUAGGAAGCGGUGUCAUUCGGCGGGACGCAAUCAAGUCGGGGUUUGACAUCUACUUUGCACUUCAGCAACCCCCUCCCCAUCAGACCAUGACACCUCGAUCCACAAAACAAAGUGGCCUGGCUUCUUUAGCAUGUACCGAGUGUCGAAAGCAGCAUCUGAAAUGUGAUGCCAAAAAGCCCACAUGCUCUCGCUGCCUGCAGAAUGCGUAUUUCUGCCAAUAUCUUCCAUCGCGCCGCGGUGGCCACAGGAAACCUCGAAAUGGGAAUGAGUCUGCUCGCCGGUCUACGUAUCGACCCCAAGAACAUAUAGACACUUCCCUUGUUCUUCCUCUUUCGACACCUGGACAACCUAAUACGCCUGACAGCACAUCACUUCCGAGUUCCUCGGAUGCACCAGGCGUUGCAGAUGGCCAUGUUCCUUGGCCCUUGCUUCACAUGAGAAAUGAGCUACCUCAGACAGGAUCAGAUAGCCGUGAGUCAUGGGCCAAUGAUGAUCGCUUUUUACGCCUAUUUUACGAGAAUUUUCAUGUUGCCCAUCCAAUUUUAGUUCCAAGUGCUAUGUAUCAUGACCGGCAGUACCCUGGGUUCCUGCAACUAGUCGUCAAUUUUGUUGGAUCGCAUUACAUCUCGGCAAGCCAAAAUCAACAGUACAAGGCCAAGGUGAUUGCUGAGCUGUCUUGCAGCCCCGACCGUUCGCCUUGUAUGGUCCAAGCUUGGCUCAUUUACUCGAUUGCUAUAUAUGCCUGUGGUGAAUGGGAUGAGGCUCAGAAUGCCUUUUCCAAUAGUGUGGAAAUGGCCUUGGAACUGGGGAUGAACCGAAGGGACUUUGCUUCGUCGGCCUAUUCUGAAACCUCUAUCGAGGCUGAAAGCAUGCGAAGAACCUGGUGGGAGUUGUACAUCACAGAUAUCUUCAUGGCAGCGCCAUUCAAAAAUAGGACGUUCCAGUGCAGUACGAUGGCACCGGAAGUAGCGUUGCCUUGCGAGGAGUCAUCAUACACUGGUACAUCCGAAAUUCCGACGCCUCGCAACAUCCUCGAUUUCAAGCGGAGGGUAUUUGCGCCCGAGGAGACGAUUUUCUCAUCCUCGAGUUAUCGCAUUGAGGCUGCAACGAUAUUAUGUCGGGCGCUCGUCUUGAACGGACUCCGAGACUAUCAUCGCGACCACUUGCAAGCUGUUGAGAACGCACUUGUCAGUUGGAUCAACCACCUGCCGUCUAAAAAGCUGGAUAUAGUCGACUCCUACGGAAAUAUUGAUGAGAUAAUGUUCCAAGCUCAUAUGUCGAUCGCAUAUGCAACAAUGCUUUUGCAUCUACCAAGAAGUGAUCUGCAACCUGUCUUGUCACAGGCCAAUGAACAAUUCUGGCCUGUUGCCACACGCCAUCUAGCUUCAACACUCAAUCGCUCCAUUCAUAGCAUCAAAGCGACUGAGGCCUCUCGACGUUUGUCGGAUGCUAUCGCACUAUGCCCCAACGUCCCAAAACAUACCCCCUUCACAAUUCCCGCGCUGGCACUAUGUGGUAUGGUGCAGCUUGCGACCUCGAUCAAGCACAACGAAGAGUGUUUCGACCACCACUAUAACCGUGUUACUCUGAUUCUUGGAUGCCUGAAAAGCACCAAGAGGAUAUGGAACCUAGCGGAUGCGGCAUACAAUCAUCUAAGAACCUCCGCAGCACAUAACCUGUCGGACUCUAUGGAGCGCUGGUGUACAGAACCUCCAAGGACGCUCUUUCCAUCUGAAUCAACUCCGCGUAGCACAGAAAGUUCGAAUCAACCUACAAGACCGACUACUGCGGUGCCAGAUGGUCAGGAUAUGCUAUUUCCUCCGCUUGUAUCGGCGUUCGUUGAUCCAACUUGUUACAAUGAUUCAUUUUUCACAUCUCUCCCUGAUUUUGAUAUCCACUGA